UCGCUGUCGCCGGCUUCUGCGUGCGCGCCGGGCCGAGUGACACGGCCUCUGCUGUUGCGGGGAAGGGAAGGAGAGAGAGAGAGAGAGAGAAAGAGCGAGCGCGCGGAAGGCGACCGGUCGAUGAAAGAAACCGAUCGGAGGCUGCCCCUGCCGUGUGGAGGUGGGCGGUGGGAGACGCGCGCAAGCAGCCCCCCUUGCCUUCCCCGGCCAAGACUGAGCCCGUGAGGCGGACCGUCACGGAUAGAGCCGCCACCGCCGCCGCCUUCCAAGCGGCUGACAAUGAAAGUGAAAGGCAGGAGCCGCGGAAGGGGAGGUGGAGGCGGCGGCUGCCCCGGGGGUUCCGCCUGCCGCCGCCCCCACCGUGCUGAGUGAUCCCGACCCCUUCCCGGUGCGCUUCUCUCCAAGGAGCGUCCCCGUAGAAGAAAGCUGCCGCCUUUUGCUACUGCCUCCUCGGAACACUGGCCGUGUUUUCCUCGCGGGGACCCACGAAGAGGGUGCGUGUGAACGCUGGCUCGCCUCCUUUCUCUCGCCUGCAGCCGCUUUUCGAGUGGGGCCGCGUGGAUCCUAGACGGCGACGGGGGAGGCGGCUGCUGCUGCUGGUGGCGAUCCCCCGACGGCCGCCGUGAUUCAGGGGGCUUCUCCGCACAACUCCGCUCCCCUUGGCGUUGAGACGGGGGUGUGAAGGUGGCUGCUUCUGUUCGGCUGCAGGGAAUAAACCCAGAUUAAAGUAGAAGCAGAAAGCCAACUCUCCUUGCCGUUUUCCUCGACGGUUCCUAUUGCUGCUGUUUUCUCCUGGAAGACGGGACUAGGAUUGCGGUGGUGUAGCGCAGUUUGGGGUCUCCGGUGGCUUGAAGGAGAAAAGUGGAGAGAGAUCAGCCAGUACUUCUAAAACUAGAAGUUAUUUUUGCCUGGCAAGGCUGAAUCAGUAAUAAAGUGGCCUGAGGACAGCUGUAUUUUGCUUUGGUUUUUGCAUUCCCCUCCCCCCUCCUUUGAAUUUGACAUAUUUUUAUAGUGGUGUAUAUAUAUAAAAAAUGAAGACUGGCUUGAAACUUGCCAUGUCUUCCACCUUUUUCCAGGGAUGGCACUGACCGCAUUUUUGUUUUGCGUUUGAAAAGGCCUUUUAUAAUGACAAAAAAUAGGAACUAAUCUCUUGCCAUUGGAAGGAAGAAGAAAAAGACCAUAGUGGGAGAAAAUUGGAUAUUAUAGUGUGUUUUUCAGUUGCUGCACUUAGAGUUGGUUUUUGUUCAGAACAAUUCAUACAAAUUCUACUUUUAAGAAUUUUUUUAGAAAUCUUUGUGAGGAUUUUGAUUAGAGACUGCUUGCCUCAAAACCUGAUCCACGUACGUUAAAAGUGGAAUGUGAAGUAAAACUGAGCAGUUUCUUAAAACAGAAGGCAGAAUGCUUUAAAAUCAUAAAGUUCUAUGUUUAAUUGACAACUGUUUUAUAUCUAAGCCUUUUUCAUUCCUAUUUUAUUCUAUGAUUAUGCACUUUCAACUUUGGUUUUUAUUUAAUUGUGAAGAAGGGAAAAAUUACUGUGCUUAUAUUUCAUAAAUGACAGCUUUGAAAUCUUUAACAGAGAAUUGGGAUUUUUAAAAUGCCAUGAUAAACUUGUUUUAAUAAAACACCCAAUAGUGUCUUCUUCAGAAGUUUUAGGCAAGAGUUGCUGGAGGGGUUCCUCCUUAUUCUCCAUUAAUGAGUCCUGGUGGUGGUGUUGGAGGACCCAUGAAAGACUGUGAAUACAGUCAGAUCAGCACUCAUAGCUCCUCUUCUCCCAUGGAGUCUCCCCAUAUGAAGAAAAGCAUUUCCAAGAGAAAAUGGGAGGUUUUUCCUGGAAGAAACAAAUUUUUUUGCAAUGGAAGGAUCAUGAUGGCUCAGCAGACUGGAGUCUUCUACUUGACAUUUGUUCUUAUUUUGGUGACCAGUGGACUCUUUUUUGCAUUUGAUUGUCCGUAUUUAUCUGAGAAGAUUACACCUGCAAUUCCUGCAGUUGGAGCAAUUCUGUUCUUUUUUGUUAUGGGGACCUUGCUACGUACUAGUUUCAGUGAUCCUGGAGUCCUGCCUCGUGCAACACCAGAAGAAGCAGCAGAUCUAGAAAGGCAAAUAGGUAACACAGAAGACAUUGCAAAUGGCUCUAGUGCAGGAGGAUACCGUCCCCCUCCCAGAACAAAAGAAAUAAUAAUUAAUGGUCAGGCAGUGAAAUUAAAAUACUGUUUCACCUGCAAGAUUUUCCGUCCACCCCGUGCCUCACAUUGCAGCCUUUGUGAUAACUGUGUAGAACGGUUUGAUCAUCAUUGUCCCUGGGUAGGCAACUGUGUGGGGAAAAGAAACUACAGAUUUUUUUAUAUGUUUAUUUUAUCUCUGUCAUUUCUGACAGUUUUUAUAUUUGCAUUCGUUAUUACUCACAUCAUCCAUCGAACUCAGAAAACAGGAUUUUUAACUGCACUUAAAGACAGUCCUGCAAGUGUCCUAGAAGCUGUGGUGUGUUUCUUCUCCGUUUGGUCCAUUGUUGGGCUCUCAGGUUUUCAUACUUAUUUGAUCAGCUCCAAUCAAACAACCAAUGAGGAUAUCAAGGGAUCUUGGUCAAAUAAAAGAAGUAAAGAAAACUUCAAUCCUUACAGCUAUGGCAACAUUUGUGCUAAUUGUUGCUCAGCACUUUGUGGGCCCCUUUCUCCUAGUUUAAUUGACCGAAGAGGAUUUAUCCAACCAGAUACCCCUCAGCCAGCAGCUUCCUCAAAUGGCAUUACAAUGUAUGGGGCCACACAGUCUCAGAGUAAUAUGUGUGAUCAAGAUCAGUGCAUUCAGAGCACUAAAUUCGUUUUGCAGGCUGCUGCCACCCCACUCCUCCAGAGCGAGCCCAGCCUAAGUAGUGAAGAGCUGCCUAUACCAGGAAAAAUUACUCUUGGUGCUCCCUGUGCUAUGGUGACACUAGGACAACCAACGCCACCUUCUUCCAUCCCAAAUCUCACAUCAGAAACAAGCUUGUCAGAAAUGAUAUCAUUAAAAGAGGACCCUGAAAAUCAUCCAUUUCUUACUCCUGAAGAAGCUCCACCCGGGAUGUUACCCCUUGGACACAGCCGCACCAUGCACAGCCUCAGCCUGGUUAGCCAGGAUUCACUGCAUGAAGACUCUGUGCGUGGCCUUGUUAAACUCAGCUCAGUCUAAACGAUAUAGAACAUGACCGCAAUUAAACACAGUUUAUUUAACUCCAAAAGCAAUUAGCCUUUGGACUCUGACAUAUAUGUCACUGAAAAUUAUUAUGUAAAGAAACCUAUUGAAAGGACAAAUUAUUUUUGUGCCGUGAAGUUAACCAUUACAUUUGUUUUAUAGCCAAUUUAUUGGUGGCUUGGGUUUGAUGGUUACAUUGUUAAAUAACCAAUUUAGUUGAAAUUUGUUCGGUGAUUUAUAAUGUCCAGUCCUGGUACUGCAAAUGUACCAGAAUCCUGGUACUGCAAAGUUGGUUAUUAUAGUGCUUAAAAUAUGAAUGGAUAUAAGCGUCAUAUUCCAUGUUUUAUGAAGUUCCUUGUUGUAAUAUCUCCUUUGUAGCCAGACAUUACUGUGCUACUCAUAUUUGAAACAAGAUUACCAUUGGAUGAAUGCAAAAUCAAUAAGGGUUGCAAUUGUGGAUUUGCAUGCCACAUUACAGUGGGUGUUACAGUAGUGUUGAUUUUUGAAAGACAGUGCUGCUUUACUAUUUGUGAGUACCAAAGUGCUGUUCAUUGUAAAAGACAGUACAACAAACAAUAUUGACUUUUUUCAAUCAAUCAAUUAUAAAUAAAUGAACUGGCGGUGCUCAGUUAUGGAGGAUUACCUGUUUUUGCAUAUCAUUUACUUUUUAGUGUGAGAUAACAUACUGUGUUGUGCCAUAACAUAGAUUUCUCUCCACCCAUCCCCACCUAUGAUCACACGAGAUAUAUUCAGUAAGAUGGUAUUCUCUGUAUCUUUGAAUAUGUAUACAUUUCUCUCCAUACAAAGCUGAUGCAAAACAGCAUAUUACAAUACAACAAAUUACUUUUUUCCUAAGAUUAUAUCAUUAAGCAGCCAAAGGAACUUCCAAGACCCAAUUAUAGAUUGUCUUGAAUAUUUAUAAAGUUUUAUAUAUAACCUAGUUAAUAAUGCUAUAUGCCGAUAAUUGGUCUGCUUGUUAAAAAUUACUUGAUGUUAGUGUGUCGGAUUGAGAAAACUUCCAUUUUCAAAAGGAUUUUGAUUCAGCAGAGGCUUCCAUACAAAAAUUGCCUCCUACAUUAUUUAAAAAAAUGUUCAUAAAGGAACUGUCUACAACAACAUGGGGAUGAUGUGAAGGUACUGAGCAAGAAAAAGAAGUAAUGAAAAGGUGAGGGGGGGGGGCUUUCUCCUUCUUAAUGAUUUUGGGAGCCAUCACUGCUCCCUGAGGGAUUUCAUUUAUUUGUUUGAGACUCAUAGUUAAAAUCAUUGGAGGAAUCUUUCACUAGAAAAGUUGAAAGGACACUCAUAUUUUUAACUUUGUUUAUAGAACAAGGGUCACUGGGAAGUCCUUCAACUGUUUGUAAUCAAUAACUAUCAUUCAGCCAUCAUUAUUAAUAAAAAUGUUUCAAUUUAAAUUUGUGAUUGAUGCUUGAUUCUAAGAAAUUUCUUAUGGCUUAAAGAAAAGACAUUCCCUCAGGGAUAACAAACAUAAUAAGAACUUAAAUGUUGCAAGCCAUUGCAUUUUGUCUUGGUUUUAAGAUGCUAGAACCUGCAAAUACCCUUUUCUCAGGACAAAGUUUAGUGCAAAGUUAUUUUUGUGGCUGUGUGUGUAUUUGUAUAUCCACAUGCACGCUAAGCAUAACUGCAGGCAAGUACACUUAAAAACCAGAUUGUGAAGAAACAAAUACAUUGCCUGAAAAACACUGACAAUAUAUAUUUAGAAGGAAAAAAGCACAAUAUUUUAAUUGGAAUAAGGCCAUCUUUAUUAUUAUAGAAAUGCCAGAUGACUUAACAGGGAAGAAAAAAAAAACCCUUACACUGUGUACAAUUUUGUAAUUUUUUUCUGGUAGCGAUAAGCGAUUUUCCUUUUGUUUGCAUGUAUAGAAAAUAAUCUUAAUAAUCAGAGAUGUCUUUUUCCCAUUUUACAGAAAACUAUUCAUGGUGUGCAGUUAUUUGACUGUGAACUAUAAAUGUUUAUAGCUUUCAUGUAAAGAGAUACUGUCUGUUUUUCUGCCUGACCUCACAGGAUUUAUUUAAAAUCCUGCAUGUGUUAAUUUAGCGCAUGCACAUUCCAAAGAAAAAAAAAAACUAGGUGAGUUGUAUUCUCUUCACGUAGUAAAGUUGAUUACUGCAUGGACAGGUGUUACCAGCAACAAAUAGCUGUUAAUUCCAUAUAAUAACAGGGAGUGGCUGAUUUGGAGACGAUUUAGUGAGUUGACACAAAGGAAGCCAGCUUCCUCAGAAAGCCCAUGUAAUUGUUUACCAUUUCCAUACAACAAACACCUCAAAGUUUGCAAUCCCCAAACUGGCUUGGUGAGUUCAUGAUAGGUAGUAUGGGAUGAUACAUCAUGAGAAUUUCUAAACACAGCCUGGGUUAUUGUUAUUUUUAUCCCAAGCAUUAUGAAUUGGCUACAUUUUUAGUAAGGAGAAUCAAGAGAGAAGAAAUUACUUUUCCCUCAUUACAUUAAAAUAGGAUUUUAGCCAUUCUUUAAAAUCCAUUUUUUAAAAUAAAAUUACCUAGUUAUUGCCUAGGUAAUAACUUGAUGUAAUUUAUUUUUAAGAGACAUAGAUAUUGGUUAGAGCAGUGUAUCCAUUUAACAAGCUUAGUAUUUUACUAAUUCAAUUGACACCAGAAGAUAGAGAUCCAUUUCCUGUAGUGUAAAAAAUCAACAAUGUUAAAUAUUUUACCCUGCCAUUAUUGCUUCGCAGCUGUGAAGCUCACACAAUGGAAUAGAAGUAUUUAAAAAAUGUAUUGGCUCACAUGUCCAUAGAAAUGCUCAUUUUAUUUUACUAGCAUUUUUUGAAUAUCUUUGCCAUUAGGAAAUUGCAGUGUCACACGUAGUACCAGACUCAUUUGAGUUUGUUUGGUUUCGACAGGUUAUCCUGUCGUUGUUCCUAAGCGCAUCUCUCAUUUAAAGCUUUCAAAUGCUGCACUGCAACAUGGGAUAUCUUCCUUGGCUUACCUGAUGUUUGAGGGAAGCUUAUGUACUGUGAAUACCUAUUUUAGAACAAAUUAUUUUUGUUUGCAUUGAUGUUUAGUAUUUUUUGCUGUUUAUACUGUUUCUGACUUUAUGUUGAAGAAUAAAAAUACAGCCUUUUUAA